AUGCGACUUGCCGUUCGAGUCACUCAACGUACAUAUUUUCCCGAGCUCCUAAAACAACUGGCCAAACCCAACCACCUAGUGACGCCCUCGACUAUGGCUCAGUUAGCACCUUUUAUGGACCAUGCAGGAUUAAUUCGAGUUGGUGGUCGGUUGCAGCGUUCAAUGUUGUCUGAUGACGCGAAACACCCGUAUCUACUUCCGAAGGAAUCCCACGUCACGUCACUGCUGAUCACCGCGUUUCAUCGAAGACUCUUACACGCAGGACCGAAGCUCAUCAUCGCGAUGCUACGUCAAGAAUUUUGGAUUGUGUCAUGCCGGGAGGCCGUUCGUCGUGUUAUUUUUAAGUGCGUCACGUGCACAAGGCACAAAGCACUACAUCCAACACCCCGUAUGGGUAUCCUGCCUGAAGCUCGUGUCCAUUCAGUUCGCGCGUUUUCGAGUGUCGGCACGGAUUAUGGAGGACCCUACCUCAUUAAAGAAUGUAAAAGACGAAACACGAAAACCACUAAAGUCUACAUUGCGUUAUUUGUUUGUAUGGCUACCAAAGCCAUACAUCUUGAAAUUGUUUCCGAUUUGACAGCCGACGCGUUUCUUGCCGCUCUAGAUAGAUUUGUCGCACGCCGGGGUGUACCAGCACAUGUGUAUUCAGAUUGCGGCACAAAUUAUGUUGGUGCUGCUAGACAGUUAAAACAGAUAUUUCGGGAUAAAAACGUCCAAGCCCAAGUGUCCGCUCAUGUCGUUUGCGAUUGGCAUUUCAAUCCACCUGCCACGCCACAUUUUGGUGGACUCUGGGAGGCGGGCAUCAAAAGCGUGAAGUUCCAUUUGAAACGAGUGAUUGGCACUCAAGUGCUUACCUACGAAGAGUUCGAGACAUUGUGUGUUCGAAUCGAGGGAAUUCUUAACUCUCGCCCUCUCACUCCAGCUUCGAUGGACCCACAUGAUCACACCGCCUUGACCCCUGGACAUUUCCUCAUCGGACAACCAAUCAUGGAAGUACCAGAAGUAAACCUCACCGAGGUUCCGAUGAAUCGACUGACACGUUGGCAGCUUCUUCGACAGAUGCAUCAGUCGUUCUGGAAGCGAUGGUCACGGGAGUACUUGAAUACGCUCCAGGGUCGUCAGAAAUGGACUACUAUCCAGGAUAACCUUAAAGUGGGGGAUCUUGUCAUUGUGGAUGCUCCAAAUCAGCCCCCUUCCGUAUGGCGUAUGGGACGCAUUACAGCUGUUCAUCCAGGUCCAGACCAAAUCGUCCGCGUAAUUACCAUCAUCACACAAGAUGGGGAGAUGAAGAGACCGGUGGUCAAAGUUGUUAAACUGCCAACAGAUAAGUAG